CGCCACCCUCUCCCUCUUUCACUCUCCUGCCUCACAUUUCUCUGUUUCACCCUCUGUUGCUCCAGCACUUACCAGUAUUCAACUUCUUUAACAAAAAGUGCUCUCUUUGUGGACUUGGACAGACCAAAUCGAGUGGGACAUCUGCAAGUUGGUUGACAAGUAAAUUAUUCUGCUCAUCUGAAGUGUUUUUCUGGAAACCAGUCUUUCUCUUAUGAGGAGCACAGCAGAGUUUGCUGUAUAAAGAUGUCUCUUCCAUUGUCACUGCUGAUAUGCCUAUCAGUUAUCCAGCUGGGCUUGGGAGAUCAGCUUGUGGAGAAAGUCGUCAUAGCCGAAAACAAGCCUCUUCUGGGUGGCUGGGUUAAAAGGGAUCCAAAGUCAGCCGAGGUUCAGGAGGCAGCUCAACAUGCUGUGAAGAUGUUCAAUGAAAAGCCCAAGGGCAAGAAAAUGUUCAAAUUGAUUGAAGUGACUGAUGCUCAGAGUCAGGUGACCGAUACAAUCGACUAUAAGAUUGAUGCAGUCAUGGGAAAAACCAAGUGUCCCAAGUCUGAAAACCAAGACCUGAAGGGCUGCAGUGCUGUGAAAAAGCAUCUGAAGUGCCGCUUUGUGGUGACGUACAACCCCCGCAACAACAAACACGAGCUGCAGAAACAAAAGUGCAGGAAAGUUAAAGACAAUGUUUAAACUUUGAACAGCUUUAAUUUGAAUUGCUUUUGUAGGCUUGUUGCCAUGGCAAAUUUAUGUGUUCUUAUUUCCUGUCUCUGUAAUUUAGAUAUAUUUUCAAUACUAUGUAAUGCAGCACAUUGAACAUGGUGGAUGUGGAGGAUUGUUCAAAAUGAACAAAUCAUAAAUUUGAAAUAAAGAUUAAAAAGGUUUGCCAGAAUGCAAUUAUAAUUUGGUUUACCAUGGUUGUGGUUCAUGGGUUGAAAUGCCUUCUUUUUCUAUUUUACUUUAGCUUAAAAAAAUUAUGUGUGUGCCAUUUGUGCAAAAUGUCAACUUGAUUCAGUUAUUUAGUUAUUACUGUGGGCUAUUUAGAAUAGACUCAAUCAUAUGCAUGCAGGUAAGAGUCAAAGUGUUCAUGAUUUAUUCAUGUUUAUCUAACUGAUGGUUUUUGUUGUUGUUGUUGUUGUUUUAUAGCUAAAUCAGCUGAUUAGACAUUUUGUCAUGAAGUUUUUCACAAGUCAAUCUCUCUUCAUGCUCUGUCAAAUGUCUGAAAAGAAGGAUAGGAAUUGAGUCAUUAGAAUGAUUUGACAUUCGGAAAUAACAUCUCCUACACCUGUUUCUGUAGAAAUAUCUUCCAAUGAAAAAAUACUUGAGGAAUGAGAAACACAUUUCAUUAUACAUUUUAGGAAACAGUGGGUUGUCUCUUCCAUGCCUUUUGUACUCACUGCAUUUGUACAACUUAUUGAUCCUUUCUAUAUCAAUCUUAGACAUUUUGUCUGUUUGUCCUAUUGGCACAGAAUGAUCGGGAAUGGCAGUAAUGGUUUCUUCUCCAGGCACUCAUGCAAAGUCAUUCCUAAGAAAUGACUUCAUCACUUAAAAUUCAUCAACAACUAGGAAUAAACCAAAAUUCAGUGUAUAUUUAAUUUUUCUCCUGCUAAAGAGUAAUGUGAUUCAGAUGCUGCUACCACAGCGCCAACACCAACAUGCAAAGAGAUGAAGUCAGAAACUUGCCACGUAGAAAAUAAUGUAACAGUUAGCAGCUAGGCAAGCUACCAUUACACUCAUAAACAGAGGUAGUUCUUUAAAAAAAAA